AUGACAAGCGAGGCCUUCACUGGAAUCGAAAGAAACUGCUCUGUCGAUAUCGGACCAACCGUCAUCUCCACCGAUCCCUCAUCAGUAUCGGCAACACAUGAUUUACCUACUACCACCACGUUUUCUUCUUCGUCAACUCUCCACUUUACUGACUCAAGUCCAACUAAUUCAAUCCCUGCCUCAUUUAGUACAUUAAUAAUCGCAUUAUCUUCAGCUGUGGGUGCUGUGAUCAUCAUUUUCCUUAUCAUCGUAAUAUGCCUCGUGUCGUUAAGGAGGAAGUCAAGAAGGUUGGAAGACAAAGGGACAAACCUCCAGUUACCCACUCCCGUCAAACCAGGAAGUAUCAGAGUCGUAGGACCAACCGAUCGGGCACCACCACCGUUGGCACCCGAGGGCGUCUUCGUUGUGCCAACAGUCUGCUCAGAGCAACCUCCACCUCAGAGCAUCUCACUGCACACUCUACCCAGCGAUACAAGGGACAGUGCCAACUCCUCACACUCCUAUGAAACCAGAAUUGGAUAUACUGUAGCCGAGCUGCACCCACAGGAACCAGACCAGAGACGGCAAGGCAAACCCCCGGUGACUGGCCCCACGGUCGACCGACUGCAGCCCCAGUACACGGAGGAUGGAUAUACACAGUAUAUCGUGGAGGGAAACAACGGGAACCAGACCACAUCCAAUACAGAAUACAUGCCGCUCUCAGCUUAUGAAGAAGCAACUGUCACAACUUCAGUGAUGGUUACUGCUCCGGGGACGGUGUCCGUUCGGAGAGGGGAACCAUUGCAGUUGUCAUGUAACAUAACAAUGCUCUCGUCCGGAAAUAUGAUCAACACAGCUCAAUGGGACCGAAAGCAAAAUUCCAGUUUUCAAAUGUACGGUGUUAUUGAUGCUUCAAGCGGCUGUGGUGUAUCUUCAGAAAAUCCGUGUCCAGCUGUGAACACUUCUGACAAUCGUGGAAUUGUGCGUUACGAAAGAGGCACAGAUAACGAUGCAAGGCUGACGCUUACAAUUACCCCGAGUCAUCUUGAAGACAGCACAUCGUUUCAGUGUGUGGUAUAUCUCAAUGAAGGAAUUGGUUCAACCACACACUCUGCAAUUAUAAAGGUGACCAUUAGGUUCUUUCCAAAUACAACCUACCCGAGGUGUUUUGUAUCUCCAAACUCCCACGACACACCCGCAUUACCUUUAAUUCUGACAUGCUCGUCUGAGUUUGCCCGACCAAAUGUUUCCCUUUUAUGGACAACUUUGGACAAUUCAACAAACGUAAUCCUUGGAGGGAUAACGGCAGUUGCAGGCGAUGAAGUCGAAAACAAACUGCACUUAAACCCAUCCUGGACCUACACUAGGUACGUUUGUCACAUGACAAGCGAGGCCUUCCCGGGAAUCGAAAGAAACUGCUCUGUCGAUAUCGGACCAACCACCGUCUCCACCGAUCCCUCAUCAGUAUCGACAACACAUGACUUGUCCAACACAGAUUUGUCUUCGCUGACUCUCCACUUUACUGAUUCAAGUCCAACUAACUCAAACCCUUCCUCGUUUAGUACAGUAAUAAUUGCAGUAUCAUCAGCUGUGGGUGGUGUGAUCAUCCUUCUCCUUGUCAUCAUAAUAUGCCUCGUGUCGUCAAGGAGGAAGUCAAGAAGCUGGGAGAACAGAGACACAACCCUCCAGCUAUCCACUCCCACCAGACCAAGUGAUGAGAUUAGCAGGCAGGCAGCUAAUGUCUACGACAAUCACAACUACUUUAACCAACCUGCGAGCCAAAGAGCUAGUGGGCAUGAAGUCAGAGACGCGGAGUCAACCGAUCGAGCACCUCCCGCGCCCGAAGGCGCCUACGCUGUGUCAACGGUCAUCUGGGAGCAGACUCCGCCGCCACCGGUGUAUGCAGUACUGGAUCCUGACGUGUCAUCAGAUGAUGAUACAUGUGUAUUGGGUGUCUACUCGUAUGCCACUGUGCAGAAGAUGACAAAACCUUCACAUGAUGGCAAAAUGAAACAAAAUGUUCAGAAAGCGGCUGAUCUGCACAAUCUGAGUACCAUGGGAGCCUACGACGAGGCGGGGCAGCUCCAAGCCGGUGGCCCGCUUGGGCAACGUCUGGGCGACAGCAACAUCAACGGGAAUUACAACGACGAUGACUGCACUGCAGUGUUCGUCGACAAUAUCCUGUAUGUUGCUUCAUCGGAUGAUGCACUACAACUUUAGGGUCGAUAUAAAGUGACGUCAUUUCAACAAAGGUCAAAGUUUAUUCCAGUGAUUUGAAUGGCUC